GCCCUACUUUAAAAACCCUUCAUACUGGACUAUGUUCACCCUUUAAACUUGUGUGUCGGAGCAGCCACUGCAAAGUUUCAGCUCUCUGUUGGUGGCUGAGCUGCUUCAUUGUCCCACUUAGUUACUACUGUGUCUGUCACUCACUGGAGAAGAAUGAAACACCAUGACUACUGCAGUAAACAAGCUUUAAGAAGCUCUGUGUAUAGCCUGACACACAUACACACAGUCCAGAGAAAUGCAGACAGUAUAGAGUUUGUACCACAUCUUGUGUUUAUAUCUUCUACAUGUAAGGUAAGCAGUACAUUAAAAAACUUCCCUCAGAGCUAUUUAUAGGCUGAUAUGUUGUGAUAUUUUCUGCCGUGGUCAUUUUUUACAGUAUUUGUUGUACCAGAUACCACAGAUUCAGAGCUGCUGGUGAUGCCAGUGAACCCACAGCACAGCCAGGAACCAACAGAGACAAUGUUCAUUGAAAAUGUCAACCUACGACAACCCCACCACAACCAUGGAUUUUUUCAGCGUGCUCGGCCCUACAGGGGGGAACCACCGACAGUGGCAGGGUUUCUCCUCUACCCGGACACUCCUGCCAAGAUGGAGACCACAUCGCGUGAAGCUUUCUGCUUCAGACCCAUCACACAGCCACACAGAGGCAAAGGAGAACAUGUGACCCUGAACUCACAGCAGGAGUUCCGUUGUUCUCAACCCACAUCCUUGAGACAAACAGGAAGGGGAAACAGCAGCAAGGACAGGGAACCAGGGAAGGACAAGCAAGAAGGUGACCUUGAUCAGAUACAAGACACAACAGAGAUGCAGUCUCAGUAUCAGAAGGAUUUCCCUCCACCGUCCUCCUGUCGCAGGAGGCGAAGACCUGCCCUCCCACAGCCGGAUAACAUCGGCAUCAACCCUGCCUUCAGGAUCGAGUUCAGGACGGUCCAAAGAGAGAAUUACCCUGGAUGGCCCAUCUUGAAUCCCAGGUGUGCUGGCAGGCUGAGAGCGGCCUCGUCUGGAAAACCAAACACGACAUCUGAGAGAUAGUCUGUAAAAGAGGUUUUCAAAG